AAAACCGGAAGCGAGUGUCGCUCACGCGUGUUCACUCACUACAGCUGCGAUGUAGAGCGACUUCAGCGCUGGAUUCAUCGGAUGAUGAAGACGACGACGAAGAAGAUGAUGAUGGCGAACACUGUGGGAAGGCUGUGUUUCAGCCAGAAGAAUAUUCUGGCUCCUAUGGUCCGGGUAGGAACUCUUCCCAUGAGGCUUCUGGCUCUGGAUUACGGAGCAGAUAUUGUUUACUGUGAGGAGCUGAUUGAUAUUAAGAUGGCCCAGUGUGAGCGAGUGGAAAACGAUGUGCUGCAGACGAUUGAUUUUGUGGCUCUAGACGAGCGCGUGAUGUUUCGCACCUGCAGUAAAGAGAACGGCCGUGUGGUCUUUCAGAUGGGAACGGCGGAUCCAGAGAGAGCGCUAGCUGUGGCCAAACUUGUGGAGAAUGAUGUGGCGGCUGUGGAUGUGAAUAUGGGCUGUCCAAAGGAAUACUCCACAAAGGGAGGAAUGGGUUCAGCGCUUCUCUCUGACCCUGAGAAAAUUGAAGCUAUUCUCACCACUCUUGUGAAAGGAAUCUCAAAGCCUGUUACGUGUAAAAUCAGGAUCCUCUCAACAAUUGAGGACACUGUGAAUUUAGUGAAGAGAAUCGAAAAGACAGGAGUGGCGGCCAUUGCGGUUCAUGGCAGGAUGAAAGACGAGCGACAGCGACACCCGGUGCACUGUGACUACAUCCAGGCCGUGGCCCAGAGCGUCUCCAUACCCGUCAUUGCCAAUGGUGGCUCUUCGGACAUCGUGAAGGCAUUUGAGGACAUCGAGACGUUUCGGGCGUCCACUGGAGCUUCAUCCGUCAUGCUAGCUCGAGCCGCCAUGUGGAAUCCUUCAGUCUUCCGGCAGCAGGGGGCGCUGUCUGUAGACCAAGUCAUGCAGGAGUACAUCACAUAUGCUGUUCGCUAUGACAAUAAUCCAUUUAACACCAAAUACUGCUUAUGUCAGAUGCUCAGAGACAGAGUCGAGUCUCCCUUUGGGAAGCGUUUACAUGCAGCUCAGACCAACCAGGAGAUAUGCGAGGUGUUUGGAAUGACGGAGAUAUUCAAUAAAACCACAGCUGAACUGGAGUCUAGAAGAGCUUCUCUGCAGGCCAGUGAAGAUCUGUCAGAAACUCCCGAACUUGAAGAUGACGUCGUCAUUAUGCCGGUCCGCUUCGAACGGCGAGAUUAUCCUCCUCAGAUCACACCCAAGAUGUUCCUGCUGGAGUGGAGCCGCAAAGAGAAGCUUGAGCAGCCACUUUAUGAGACGGAGCAGCGCAGUCAGGAUCGAGGCUUUCAGUCCACUGUUAUUGUGGCCGAUAAGAAAUAUCGCUCUACACUGUGGGAGAAGUCUAAGAAGUUUGCGGAGCAGGCCGCGGCUCUGGUGUGUUUGCGCACUCUUGGUCUCCCAGAGGGUCGAAUCGGAGAGGAACACAGCGGACUUGUAAACAAACGAAAGCGAGACGACAGAAAGAGCACAGCGGCGGACAACGAUGACGACGACGAGUCCGCGGCGCCAAAGAGACACACACACACACUCCCACAGGAAGAGGAAGUGACUUGCAGGACGAAAGUUGUGAAUGGUGUUUGUGGUCAAACCGCACACUAGCAUUAGCCAGAUGCUCAACACACACACACACACACACAAAAACACCCGUUCCUGUUCACUUUUAUCUGAUCACACUCUCACAACUCUGCGUUUGCUUGUAAAUUUGUCAAAUCCGGUUGUCGAGUGCCACCUCUGUGUCUUUGCACUUCCUGUCAGAGAUGCUGAGUUAUGAUUUAGUUCUGCUGCAUGGAGGAUUGAGUUUUUAUUAUAAAUAUGAUUCAUUUCCGUCUUCAACCAGAAGGGUGCAGUAAUUCCCCAUACAGGAAGCAGCUCAAACUACACCUUCGGCAAACUUAGGUUUCUUAUUGUUUGUUUGCAAUGUUAUUGUGAAAUAAACCGUUUUAAUUCUG